AUGGAUGGCCUACCUUUACGCCUGUUUAACUAUGUCAAUUUCCAAGGCCAGGGCCAAAGUGCAGCUGCAAUGCCAUAUCACGACGAUGACGAAAUGAACUUCUCCUUUCUCCUCAACUACCCCUCAACAAAUUCCAGUCACGCCAACACGCGAGCGCUAGUUCUGGAUUUUGAAGACCAAAACAUUAGCUUUCAAGGAGUGGCGGCAUUGACGCUCCCAUCAUCCAGAUUGGAUGAAUCUCGAAGUCCCGAUGAGCCCUUGAUCAUCCUAUACAUGGCUAACAGCGCCAUGCUACCUCUUAUUGAAAAUCAUUGGGGUGGGAUAGAAAACUCAUGGAGAAUGAAUCGCCUUCUUCGGUGCCCCCUCUGGUUAUACAUCGACCUGCUCCAGGCAUGCGGCCACUGGUCCGACGUGUGGGGGGUGGCGGCACACGACCUGGCUUGGCGCAACACGCAGGCAUACCGAGAGACCUCGAGAAGCUCGACAUUGCGACUCACCCGGAGGUUGCACAAAGCUACAUCGAACGUCAUCACACUACGCGAGAACCUGAGGCUUCACAUAUCAUCCACCGAGCAAUUUCGGGAAUACGUCGAGAAGAAGCAGUAUCAGCCAUUUCCGAUGCCAGAUGAUUACCAGACCACGCUGAGCGAAAGAACGGGCGAGUUACUGCAGGAUCUUCGUCAUCACUGGGCAACUUCAGACGUUAUCCUCGAGCAGUUCAAGAGUCUGAUGAGCUUGGUCUUCAACACGGAAACGGUGGCACAAGGACAAGCAGUUGCCCGUCUUAAUCUGCUCGCUUUCGCCUUCUUGCCUUUGUCUUUUGUAACUGGCAUAUUUGGAAUGACAACCUGGACAAUAUCUGCGAUCUGGUACCCUCUCUGGGCGUUUGUUGCCCUCGUUCUUCUCACCAUCGCUACAUACAUAGUGGGCAAAAUAUUGGUUGAAGACCGAGGAGGGUCAUCUUGGUUAUCGCGUCUUCAUUGGGGUCCUGCACAGAGCCCUAGGGCAGACGUUGAAUCGCGAUCCGCUCAGAAACCUCUUGAAUCGGCAGCUAUAGCACCAACUGCGGUUGUUACAGCCAAGAUGCGUCCAUCAGCAAUGGCGCAGACUUCACUUCAGCGAAUGGGCAGUUAUGGACGUAAUCAACGUGGAUCGCGGCGGGCGAAAAGACAAACUCAACUUGCUGAACGGGACGCACAUGCUAUUACUCCUCCCUCUGGUCAGCCCCAUCGCUCUCUACGGACUAGUCACCUCCCAUCUGUCGACUUAGUAUCGUCUGAUAUGGUAGACGAAAAUUCCGGAGGUGAAUUCAACACAGACCCGGACGAGACCUCUGCUACCUUUCCUCCUAGUCUUCCUGAAACAACAACCGUAUCAGACGCACAACCCGCUGUUGAAAUAAAUCGCCUCCACUAUGACAAUGGGGAAGAAGGGUCUGGUGUGAAAAAACAUGUGGCAUUCCAGGAUUAUAGAGGACCCAGAGCUCAAGUGGCGGGGAAAUCGCACGGAAGACACCAAGAAGGACUGGAUCUAGCAUACAAUCCCAACACUGAGACCGCAGAGAUGUACGACACGGAGAUACGACCUCCAGUGAAGCAGAGGCAGCGCCGGCGGGAGAAGUCUACACGUCAGCAAGGCACGUUUCAACAGAGUCUCGAUAUAAGUGUCCACGAGGCUGAAAUGCCGCGCCCUCUUGAGAUAGUGCCUUCUAAACCAGAUCGCACGCAUCCACAAUCGGUUGACCUGAGCACCAGAGGUGUAUUAGAAGAUCCAGAAGAGAGAAUGAGGCCAGCGGAAUUGGUGCAAUCGGCAUCUAAACGUUAUAGCGCAUAUAGAGUAGGGUUAGCUUUGGUUGGGAAUACCCAGAGCGACGCCAAGUGA